UUCUUCUCGACGUUACCAUUGACCACCAAGGAUAAAUGAUUUAUCCUAUACCCAUACAAUUUAUAUCUAAAUACAUUCAAUUUGGAAAAACGAAUUUAUUUAACAUUUUUUAUAUCACCAGCGAAAAUUAAUUAUGAAGGUUUUAUAUUUGACAAAAAUCAGCUUUGCUCUACUCAGGCAAUGUCUGUUACAUAUUAUCAUGUUGUGCUACGAAGAUGAUAACUUUAAAUAAACAAUUAAAUUAUUUAUUGAUUUAAAAUCGUGUUAUGUUCAAUAUUAUCUGAAUAUUAUUAUAUCGUCCUCCACGCGGCCAUUUAAUACUAAUUCAUAGCUUUUCUGCUGUCUUGUGAUUGGCUACAAAACCAUUAAAACCCUUAUCAGUGUUAUAAAUAUGUUGCCUGAUUUUUUUAUGGUCGUCUGUUUAAAUUAACAUUUAUUCACUCCUCCGUUUCUAUAAUUCUAGUUUAAUAUUAAAGCUAUGUUGAAUUUAGUAUAAUAGUGUUUGAAUUCAAAAUGGAAGCUCUUUGGAACAGAGGUGGUAAUCAGAGGCGAACGGGACGUCAUAACUCAUGUAACGGACAUCAUAAUGACGUCACGAUAACAUUAUCUUCUGAAGACGAUGAUAAUUCGAUAUGGGGUUACAUAAAAUCGAACCUUUCACGUCAUUACCAACCAUUACGUGAUGACGUCAGGUAUAAAGAGAGGUGUGGUCGUGUAUCGACUGUGGUCCAAACUCCGGUAGAAUUUGAAAAGUUUUAUUUAUACGGAAGUACAUUAUGUCUUAAUGCUCUUUUAGACAUCUUCACAUUCCAACCAAUCAGAGCAUUGGUAGCUCUUUUUUAUAUCCUUAUAAGGCCAUCAUGUAUUAUACAUGGAAUCAGACAGAGAUUAACGGGAUCUCAGAUAUGUGAUGUCGUAAAGAUUUUUGUGUUUGUAUUAUGUUGUUGUAUUGUACGCCAUUUUGAUUUAUCUGUGAUGUACCAUCUAGUUCGAGGAAAAGCUAUAUUUAACCUGUUGGUACUACAAAGUAUAACUGAUUUAGUGGAUGGUCUAAUUAGUGGACUUGGAGCAGACAUCUGGGAUUCACUAUGCUGGAAGUUAACACAACCACCAGAAAGACGAUCAGCUUAUUUUGGUGUCUGGUUACAUUUAUUGUUGGCAAUGGUUUACAUCCUCUCCCACACAGUUGUAAUAUUAUUACAAAUAACAGCCUUGACGGUGGCUUUAAACUCGCACGAUAAAUUAGUAUUUACCAUAGUACUCUCUAGUAAUUUAGUGGAGAUAAAAACGAACAUGUAUCGACGUAUAGAUAGAAAUUAUCUAUUUUAUAUCGCUUGUCUUGAUAUCAAGGAGAGAUUCCACCAUUCCUUAUUGUUGUUUAUCGUUUCCAUGAAAAUAAUGACUGACGUUUCGUGGAAUCCAGACUAUCUUCUCGUUAUUUUACCCGAUGCCUUGUGGAUUCUGUGUUUCGAGAUUGUUGCAGAUUGGGUGAAAUUGGCAUUUGUCGCCAAAUUUAAUAAAAUCUCAUUUCAUGAAUAUCACCAGUAUAGACUUACCCUAGCAACUGAUAUGACAUCAUGUAGACAGAAACUAGCAGCGACAGAUUACACGGAUGUCGUCAGUAGAAGAAUUGGAUUAAAUAUUUUACCAAUGGGCUGUGUUUUAGUUCUAGCCUUCAGUGAAUCGUUUAAUAUUUCUGGAAUAGUUGGACUUGGAUUCUUGACGCUCAUAUUUCUCGGUUUAUUUGUUGUCCAUAUUGUAACUGGUACGAUAUUGAGACGAUACGAGACCUGGCUUCUAUCAACAACUAAAGCUGACGACAUUAUAGAGAUCUACCCGGAUACAGAUUCACAGAUGAUUCCACCAUUAGAGAAAUUACGACCACAGAUAAAUAAAGAUGAAUAAAUAAAUGCCCGAUAACAAAAUAGGAGCAAAUCUUUUGAUUUAAAAAACAAAUAAUCUAAUAAAAAUUGUAUCUUUAUUUCGUUUCGUGUUUUUUUAUGGUUCUGAUUUUCGACUCUAUAUAAAACCGGAACAGUAUAUUUGUAAUUAAUAAUGUUCAAAGACCUAAAAUACAAUUAUUAAGUUCGCUCAACUUUCAACUUGGCUGUUUUUCAUUUCUCAGAUCCCAUUGUUGGAAAUAUUGUGUGGA